UUUUUCUUUUACAGAAAUGGAGAGAUCUGUGAUAAGGGUAGUGUUAUUACAUAUUAUUUUGACAAGUUAUGGAGUUCGAUCAGUACGAGGUUCUUACAAACAUAGAAACAUUCAAGAAGAAGAACAACCCAAUCAAGAACAGCCUUACAGAACUGGGUUCCAUUUUCAACCCCCAAAGAACUGGAUAAAUGAUCCAAAUGGACCAAUGUACUACAAUGGUGUAUACCACCUCUUCUACCAAUACAAUCCAUAUGCUGCAAUAUGGGGGAACAUAUCAUGGGCCCACUCGGUCUCCUACAAUCUCAUCGAUUGGAUUCAUCUCGAGCCCGCCAUGAUUCCGUCCGAGCCGUACGAUAUCGGAGGCUGUUGGUCCGGUUCCGUCACAAUUCUACCACCGGAGGAAAAUCCCGUCAUUCUUUACACCGGCGACACUUUCUCCGGCCAACAAGUACAAAAUCUUGCAACCCCAAAGAAUUUAUCCGACCCCUUUUUAGUCGAAUGGGUGAAAUCCCCACACAACCCUCUUAUGGUUCCUUAUGAUGAUAUUGAUCCAAAUUUCUUUCGAGAUCCGACCACCGCAUGGCGGAAAUCGGAUAAUAAAACGUGGUGUGUGAUUGUCGGGAAUCAAGAUAGUGAUGGUUUUGGAGCUGCGAUCUUGUACACGAGCGAUGAUUUUGUUAGUUGGAGAAGGAGUGAUAAGCCGUUGCAUUUUUCGGGAAAAACUAAAAUGUGGGAGUGUCCCGAUUUUUAUCCGGUUAUUAAUGGCGGAAAAAACGGGGUCGAUACUUCUGUGAUCAAUGGUGUUGGUGUUAUGCAUGUUUUGAAGGCGAGUUUUAACGACCAUGAUUAUUAUGUGAUUGGGAAUUACGACGAGAAUCGAGAUGGAUUUAGUGUUCUUGAUGAUGUGGAUUUUAUGGAUGACGAAGUGCAGUUGAGAUACGAUUACGGUGUUUUUUACGCGUCGAAAACGUUUUACGACGAGGCGAAAAAACGGAGGGUUUUGUGGGGGUGGGUGAUGGAGGCCGAUAGUCAAUCGGAUGAUGUUGGAAAAGGAUGGUCCGGCCUUCAGUCGAUGCCGAGGAGUAUAUUGUUGGAUACAAAUGGGAAGCAAUUGAUACAGUGGCCUAUUGAAGAAGUUGAAGAGCUUCGUGGUAAAAAAGUUGCUUUAGAGAAUAAAGAGCUUACGAGUGGGACACUAUUCGAAAUUUCGGGACUCACAGCUUCACAGGCUGACGUAGAGGUAUCAUUCCGUUUACCGAAUUUAGAGGGCGUUGAUUCGAUUGACGAAAAAUCGUUCGAUCCUCAACUUCUCUGCAGACAAAUGGAUGCAUCGGUUAAAGGUGUUUUCGGUCCUUUCGGUUUGCUUGUUUUGGCUUCGGAGGAUUUAACAGAAAAAACCGCCGUAUUUUUUCGGAUACUCAAACGUAAUGAAAAGUAUGUUGUGCUUAUGUGCAGCGAUCAAAGCAGAUCUUCGAUAAAAACACACGUGAAAGAUGCAAUCUUUGGGUCGUUUCUUGACGUAGAUCUUAAUCAAGAGAUUUCACUACGAACCCUGAUAGACCAUUCGAUAGUCGAGAGUUUUGGCGGGAAAGGAAAGAGUUGCAUUACGGCUAGAGUAUAUCCGAAGUUAGCCGUUUUCGAAAACUCCCACGUUUACGCAUUUAACAACGGCACGACGAGUGUUACUAUCCCGAGGCUUAGUGGCUGGAGUAUGAAGAAAGCUCAAAUUGCAGAGCUUGAUAAAAGAAGAAAGCCCACAUUCACUUGAGAGGAAAAAAAAAAGAAAAAAGAAAACACCACAAAGUCGCGUGUGUAACACGCGCUAUAUUCUUUAUUGGGCUUUCCUGUGUUUAUUAAGUUAGUUUGACUAAGAAACAGACUAUUGGUAAUUUUGGCCCAAGAUUAUGUAAUUGUUUAAGGCCCAUAAAUGAUGAAAAAAAAUAAUAAUAAUUACUUGUCAAAGUUACGAGUUUUCGUCGAUUUCACAUUCAGUCCUCAUGUUUCAAAAACUCCACAUUUUUAGUCAUUUCUGUUAA